UCAUCAAUCCGCGUCUCAGUAUCUCAACCAAUCAGAUCUCUUCCUAUACUCCUAUAUAAAUAAACACACGAGUCUCGAAGAAUGAAGAAUCAAAUCAAAAACCAACACAACAAAUUCUCACUCUCUUGAAAAGUUUAAGCAUUUGAAAAUGGCGAAGGCAGACAAGAAACCAGCGGAGAAGAAACCGGCAGAGAAAACUCCGGCAGCCGAACCCGCAGCGGCGGCAGAGAAGAAACCAAAAGCCGGCAAAAAGCUCCCAAGGGAACCAGCAGUCGCCGGAGACAAGAAGAAGAAGAGAUCAAAGAAGAACGUCGAGACAUACAAGAUCUACAUCUUCAAGGUGUUGAAGCAAGUCCACCCAGAUAUCGGAAUCUCAAGCAAAGCCAUGGGAAUCAUGAACAGUUUCAUCAACGAUAUCUUUGAGAAGCUUGCUGGUGAGUCUUCGAAGCUUGCGAGGUACAACAAGAAGCCGACGAUUACUUCUAGGGAGAUUCAGACGGCGGUGAGACUUGUGUUGCCUGGUGAGUUGGCGAAACAUGCUGUUUCUGAAGGGACUAAGGCGGUUACGAAGUUUACGAGUACUUAGAUUUGGAAUGUGUUUUGUAAUGGAGGUGAAGUAGUAGUAGUAGUUGGAAUGUGAAAUAGAGUUUAUGCUAUUGGGUAUCUUGAUGAUUAUGUAAUUUGGGAUUUAGGGUUUUUAACUAUGGCACGGUUAUGAAAUUCUCCUUGAUUUAUCAGUGUUCUUUUGCAA